AUGCAAAGCUCUGAUAAUAAAUUGGUGCGCCCCUACAAUCAAGAAAAUAUCAGUAUGCCCACUGAUCCGAAAAAUGGCGAUUUAAUCGAGCCAGUCAGAAGACGGUCGAGAGCAUCUAAGAAGACAUCCACAACAAUCCUCAAAGCAAGCACCAGCAAUUUUCGGGCCCUGGUGCAACAAUUUACUGGCUGUCACACCGGAGCUUAUAAAGGGCCGAUGAACUUAAAUUUUUCACUCACCAACCAGCAGGUUGAUUGUUUGGUUCCAACUUCAAAGCCAGUUUCAGUAGCAUUUACUGAAAAAUCUCAGACUCAGGCUCAGCAGCAGCAGCAGCAGCAGCAGCUACAAGAAGAUCACAAACUGAAUCAACAACUAGUCCAAGAACAAAAUUUUAAUGAAGCCUCAGUUUCAACAGUCGUCAGUAACCCUGGACCCUUGACUUUAGAUUAUUUUGAUAUGAACAAUGAUGUUUAUUGGCAAGAACUAGUCCCUCCACCUAUAGAUUAUUCAUUAUCUGAUAAUACCUACGGUGAUCUUUGGAAUUGGGGGUAA